AUGGAUUACGAAAGGAUCCAAAAGCCUCAGGGAGGAGGAGGAUUGUCGCCAGGGAAACUGAGAAAUAUGUUAUUGGGAGUGGAAAAGAAGAGAAAGCAACAACAACAAGAACAAGACGAAGAGCUUGAAUCUGCUUACGCCUUCAGAUCUCAACUUAACCACCUUGAUGAAACUGGUGGUAGCAGCGGUUCUGAUAAUUGUAAAGAUGUAGAUGUUGUCAGUGUACUUCCCGAAUGCUCUACUUCAACUACAGCUGAUUCCAGGGCUGCAUCACAGAUGGUUAGUGAUGGUAGUAGAUUGAAGGAUCACUCUUUUGUCAAUUCAAGAAUUAGGAGCCAGGAAGUCCCAUCUUUAGAUUACGAAAUUGGCCAUGAUACUGCAAUUAUGCCCUCCUCGAUCUUUGAUUUUCAGAAGGCAGAGCGGGCCCCGCAAAGAGUGCCCCUUGCUACGUUCUCAAAACCUGCACCAUCCAAAUGGGAUGAUGCCCAGAAGUGGAUACCAAGCCCAACUUGGAACCGGCCUAAAACAGGGCAGGGUCAGGUGCAAGGUGGACAAGGACCGCGGAAGAUGGGCAAUGUUCUGAGUCGACAACCUUCUACGAAAGUUGUUGUAGAAGUUCCAGAACAAAAGGUGGUUACAUUUGAAGAACCGGAUACGAAACGGGUUGAUUCUAGUCAAGCCAAGAAGGAAACUGGUGUACAGAAACUUAAAAGUUGGGAGGCUGAUUCAUACCCAAUAGCAGAUUCUUAUGGCAAGCCUGUGCUUAUGAUUGAGAAUUCUGUUGGCCAAUCAGCAAUCAGUCUCAGCAGGCAUGAUUCAUCUUUGGCCAUACACAGUGCAACUACAUUUAUUCCACCUCCUUCAACUGCUAGGUCUGUGUCAAUGAGAGAUAUGGGUACAGAAAUGACUCCUCUUGCUAGCCAAGAGCCUUCUAGGACAGGAACUCCAGUGAGGGCAACAACACCAAUUCGAAGUCCAACUUCUUCUAGGCCAUCAACUCCUGGCAGAGCUGCACCAGCUUCAUGUCCAACAAAUCCUCCCAAUGACCAUCUAGAUCCAAACAAGGAAUUGUCUGAAAAGGAGCUGCAAAUGAAAACCAGGAGAGAAAUAAUGGUUCUGGGGACCCAGCUAGGUAAAAUGAACAUUGCAGCCUGGGCUAGCAAAGAGGAGGAGGAUAAGGAUGCAUCCACUUCGCUGAAAACUAUAGCAGCCGAUCAACGAAGUAAAAAUGUGAUUGAAACACGUGCAACAGCUUGGGAGGAGGCAGAGAAAGCCAAGUAUAUGGCCAGGUUUAAACGUGAAGAGAUGAAAAUUCAAGCAUGGGAGAAUCAUCAAAAAGCAAUAACGGAAGCUGAGAUGAGGAAAAUUGAGCUUCCAAUGCAAGUUCGAGAGUUUGGCGUGCAACCAGAUAAACUUGGGAGAGAAGAUUUUGAUGUUGGAAAUCAGCAAAGAGCAGGCGGGUUGAUUUGA